ACACACAACAUGGUUCCCUUGUUUUGAACCAGAAAAGCGUGCUAACUGAGCGCUGCUUCACCUCCAUUACGCACGAAGAUGCUUUCUUCACACUGAGUGACCGGAGGACGAACCGCAGCGGACGAUGGCCGUGCCUGCGGAAGCAUGCACGGAGACUGGACGCAGGCUGCGCUCCAUCUGCCGGAGGAUGUACGACGAAAACGAGGACUUGUCUGAUGUGGAAGAAAUUACAAACAUCAGGGGGUUCAGUGUGGAGGAGAAGCUCACCAGUGACUCUUAUAGUGCAAACUUUGUCCACACAAUGGACGGUAAAGAUUUCACAUAUGAAUAUGUGCAAAGGGAAGGUCUUCGAAUUCCACUCAUAUUCAAAGAGAAAGACGGACUUGGCAUCAGAAUGCCUGAUCCAGAAUUCACAGUUAGUGAAAUUAAAGGCUUGGUUGGCAGUCGUCGGUCGGUGGAUGUCAUGGAUGUGAGCACUCAGAAGGGCUCCGAGAUGAGCAUGGCUCAGUUUGUGAGAUAUUAUGAGACACCGGAGGAAGAGCGCGACAAACUCUUCAAUGUCAUCAGCCUAGAGUUCAGCCACACUAAGCUGGAGAACCUCAUCAAGCGACCCACAGUGGUGGAUCAGGUUGACUGGGUGGACAACAUGUGGCCUCCGGAUCUAAAACAAAGCCAAACAGAAGCCACCAAUGUCAUCUCAGAGAUGAAGUACCCUAAAGUACAAAGGUACUGCUUAAUGAGCGUGAAGGGCUGCUACACCGAUUUCCACAUCGAUUUCGGGGGAACUUCAGUUUGGUAUCAUGUAUUUAAGGGGCAUAAAGUGUUCUGGCUGGUGCCUCCCACCACUCAUAACCUCGCCUUGUAUGAGGACUGGGUUUUGUCAGGAAAGCAGAGUGAUAUCUUCCUGGGGGAUCGAGCCGAUGGAUGCCAGAGAGUGGAGCUUAAGCAAGGAUACACCUUCUUCAUCCCAUCUGGGUGGAUUCAUGCUGUCUACACUCCUGAGGACACACUGGUGUUUGGAGGCAACAUUCUGCACAGCUUCAACAUCCCUAUGCAGCUCACCAUCCAUGAGAUAGAGAGCAGGACUAAGGUUAAUUCUAAGUUCCGUUUCCCCUUCUACUAUGAUAUCUGCUGGUAUGUCCUGGAGAGAUACCUGCACUGCCUCACCAAGCGCUCCUACCUUUCUCUGGAGAUCCGUAAAGAGCCUGUGCUAAUGGACUAUGAGAUUAAGGCAACCACAGAGAGCCCCUACUCUGACUCAAGGAGCCAGGACGUGAAUGAGGACUCAUGUGAGACCCAAAUGAAGGAGGACCCUGGAGAAAAACUGGAGCGCGUUGCUCAGGAUGGGUCCUGCUCUCCUGACCACGGGAGGGGUCAACACCUCAGAGCUGUUUUAUCCGUCGACUCUGAAGACAGCUGUAAUCCUGGCUCCUCUUCUCUGGAUUUCCCUAAAACCCCCUCUGACUCUCCUGCGUCAGAGUCUCAGAAUAAAUUGACUCAUUUGACAGAGUUUGAACUGAGUGGACUUAGGACACUGGUGGAGAAGCUGGAGUCACUCCCUGAUCACAAGAAAUGUGUCCCACUGGGAAUAGACAACCCGCAAGCCCUGCUGGAGGACCUGAAGGUUGUGUUAAAAGAACAUGCUGACGAUGACCCCAAAUUAGCGGUCACUGGAGCUCCUGUGGUGUACUGGCCUAAGAAAUCUUUAAAGCCGCGGCCUCCCAACCGGCCGAAACCUAAGAUGGCUGCCUCUCCGGGAUCAGCAGUCAAGCUGUCAGCAAGUCGGGGAACAUCUGGCGCCCGGAGAAGACGGACCCGUUGUCGCAAGUGUGAGGCCUGCCUGCGGACGGAGUGCGGAGAGUGCCACUUCUGUAAGGACAUGAAGAAGUUUGGCGGGCCUGGGCGUAUGAAACAGUCCUGCAUCAUGAGGCAGUGCAUCGCCCCUGUGCUGCCCCACACAGCAGUGUGUUUGGUCUGUGGAGAGGCAGGAAAGGAGGACACCGUGGAGGAUGAAGAAGACAAAUUUAAUCUCAUGCUCAUGGAGUGCUCAAUCUGCAAUGAGAUCGUUCAUCCUAACUGUCUGAAGGUAAAAGAUUCAAAUGGAGUGGUCAAUGAUGAGUUGCCAAACUGCUGGGAGUGUCCAAAGUGCAACCACGCUGGGAAAACGGGGAAAGCGUCUAAGCAAAAAAGGGGGCCAGGGUUUAAAUACGCAUCAAACCUUCCCGGCUCGCUUCUUAAAGAACCACGGUUAAACCGGGAAUCGAGAGAAGAGCCUGACCUGCCCAUGGUGGCCACAGCGACUGUCACCGCUUUGACGACCACACCGGCUGUGAAGAGGAAGGCAGAGCGGGAAGAGAUUCCCAAGAGGAAAGAGGAAGAACCUCCCAAAAAACGACCCCCCUUGCUGUCUCUGGAUGGUACGCCGCGGCCAAGGCACGAGGACAACCCGCUGAGGAAAAAGAGGAAGCUUUUUGACACCAAUGAUGAGCCUGUUGUAAAAAAGAAGAAGAAACCUCCGAAACCAGAUGAUCCAAUGUGUCCAAAGCUACUACGUCAAAUCAAGACAGAGAGGGAUCGCGGUGAUGAAGAAGCCAACCAGGAGGAUCAUGAAGAAGACGGAUUUUUCUUGGACAAAAUUCUUUUAAAGGAGAAAACCCAGUAUGACGAUGAGGACCAAGAGGAAGAUGAGGUAGAAGAGGAAGAGGAGUCACUGGUAAAAGAGAGAGACAGUAGCGUGGAGAACAAAGCCAAAGUCAUGUUAAGUCCACUGCUGAGGACAUCUGCAGCCAGAGAAAGUGACCAGCCCACCUCCAACUCUCCCAGAGCCGGACCCAGCAGUGAAUCAGGAGAUGCUCAGGUGAGGAGCUCUGCCCAGCUCAAAGCUCGCCACCAGCGCCGCCGCCUACCCAACAAAGAGCUGAGCAAAGAGUUGAAACAGGAGAUUACUCAGACAGAAGACUGUUUGAGCAAUCAGAACCACGGUUCGGUGAAGACAGAGGACAGUCCAGUCCAUCACAAUCGACGACCACUGAAGAGUGAGGAUUCCAUGUCCAAUCAGAACCGUAAACCACCAAAAACUGAGGACUUGACCCCUAAUCAGAGCCGUAGGAACCUUAAAAUGGAGGAAGGUGUGACCAGUCAAAACAGACGGCCACUGAAAACGGAGGACUGCCUGGCCAAUCAGAACCACAGGCCAAUUAAACCUGAGCCUGAGAACGAAGUUGAAGAGCAGAAGCCCAGGUGGCCUCUUAAUACCGGCAGCAGCGACCUCGGCGACUGGCUGCGACAUCGGGGGCGUGAGGUGAACGGGACGCCACGGGGUUACUCGCCCCUUGGCUGGAACAGAAAUACACCGAUAUGCCCCCGGCCGCUUCCCUGCCGGUCGCCGCCAAAAUGCAUUCAAAUGGAGCGCCACGUGAUCCGGCCCCCUCCCAUCAGCCCGCCACCUGACAGGCUGCCACUGAACGACGGCGAAGCCCACGUGAUGCGAAGAGAGAUGUGGAUGACGGUGUUCGGUCAGCUGACUCACAGAGAUCUUUGCGUGUGCAUGCGCGUUUGUAGGACGUGGAACAGAUGGUGCUGUGACAAGAGACUCUGGAAGCACAUCAAUCUUAACCGCUGUAAGUCCAUCACUCCUCUCAUGCUGAGCGGCAUCAUCCGGAGACAGCCGCUGGCCUUGGACCUCAGCUGGACCAACAUCUCCAAGAAACAACUCAGCUGGCUGAUCAACAGACUUCCAGGCCUGCGUGUGCUGCUGCUGUCAGGUUGCUCCUGGGUGGCCGUCUCUGCUCUCUGCACCUCCAGCUGUCCUCUGCUGCGAACUCUGGACGUUCAAUGGGUUGAGGGACUGAAAGAUGCCCAGAUGAGGGACCUGCUGUCGCCUCCCACAGAUAACAGGCCAGGUCAGUUAGACAACAGGAGUAAGCUCCGCAACGUGGAGGACCUGCGUCUGGCGGGGUUGGACAUCACAGACACAUCACUGCGCCUCAUCAUCCGCUACAUGCCUUUGCUGUCCAAGCUGGACCUCAGCUACUGCAACCACGUGACGGACCAGUCAGUGAACAUCCUGACUGCUGCGGGGACGACCACCAGAGACUCGCUCACAGACAUCAACCUGUCAGUCUGUAACAGGGUCACAGACCAGUCGCUGACCUAUUUCAAGCGUUGUGGGAGCAUAUGUCACAUCGACCUGCGAUACUGCAAACAGGUGACCAAGGAAGGCUGUGACCAGUUCAUUGCGGAAAUGUCCGUCAGCGUGCAGUUCGAACUGAUCGAGGACAAACUGCUGCAGAAGAUCAGCUAGACGGAGCGACGCGGGAGACAGGUUUGACAGGUUUCCCAGUGGAGAAGCUGGCAUCCACAUGGAGGCAGCAGAUGACUGCGUGUUGCCGGAGAACGGCUCCGUGUUCCAUAAAUAUCUGCAGACUACUGAGCAGACAGUCGGUGUCUGAUGUACAGGGAAGCUGCGCUGCUAAGCCCCCGAAUGUAAAAUGGAAAAUCUUGUCCAGUGAUGGCAAUAUUGCAAAAAUGUUUUCUGUUGUUGUUUGCACCUGUUAAUAACUUAUUUAUUUCUUUGUAUGGAUGUAUCAUGAUUCUCUUUUUGGUUUUCAUAGACUAUUUUCUGUUCCAAUGCAACGUUUAUUGCAUUAUAUAGAGUAAUAUUUUUGUAUCAGAAAGUGUUUCAUACAUUUAUGUGCAGUAUUGAAUGCACCAGUGUACAGUGUCAUAUUAUCGGUUGACAGACAAAAGUCGAAUGGUUUAUUGCCAAACUGUAAGAUGGUAUCUUGUGUUGUGUGUGGGUUUUAUUAAAACGUGUCAGUGCCUGUUUUUGAUUAGACAAAGGUACUGAAACUUUUUUUUUUAUUAUUCAGGCUCCAUACUAUGUUGCUUUGUCCGUGUGGAUGACACAUUUAGAACUUUAUUUGCACUGAAACAGUUCAUAUGAAUACAUAAACGCGCUCACACGUACACUAUACAGUGUACAGUGUAUAAAAGCCUAUUUUUCCAACUCUAAAAUGUUCUGCUAGUUCUACGAACAGUGUCUAUUUACUGUCACUCUUUGUUAUAGUGAAAGGAAGAUUUCUUUUUUUUAUAUACAAGUGCUGCAUGCAGAAAAGAAAUCAGUUUACAACACAGUCAGUAGAUUUAUUACCUGUUAAAUACUAUAACCAUCUGUUUACACCUGUCCUUAGCUUAACUCCAUGUGAUAAGAGAGAGAAAGAAAUUAGAGUUGGCAACGAGUCAUGCACCAAAUAAAGAAUAAGCAAAGCCAAGUGUUCCAAAUUCACACCGAUCUUUUGAUUAGACGAUGAAACUCAGGUGGGAUUAAAGUGAAAAGGGACUAUUUCUUAAUACGUUAAUACUGUAUCUCUUAGAGUCACAUGACCCCAUCAGUUGGAAUAUACCACAGUGUUGUGGCCUACACUCAGCAGCCACUUUAUUAGGGAAAAGGAAUACACCAAAUAAAGUGGCAGUAGUGGCACAUGGCGUGGUCUUCUGCUGCUGUAGCACAUCUGCUUCAAGGUGCUGCAUAUUCAUAGACGUUACUAAGUGGUUAUUUUGAGUUACUGCUACCUCUCUUGUCAUUUUGAACCGUCCCGUCCACUCUCCUCUGACCUCUUGAAUCAUCCGUGUCAACUGCCCUUUUUUUCUCCAUAAGCCCGUCUGACUCUAACAGCCACGCCAUGUUCAAAGUCACUUAAAUCACCAUUCUGAUGCUCAGAUGGAACCUUAGCAGGUUCAAUGUACCUAAUAAAGUGGCCAGCGAGUGUAGGUAACAAUAAGUCUCUUUCAUUAAAUGCGUCAAUCUCUGACCACAAGGUCGGGAAAUUCUAUUUUUACAGUCAGCUACAAUAAAAACAGAAUUAGAUUUUUUGUGUCCAUACAUCUUGUACUUAACCUGCAGAAACUUCUUUCCUGGGAGAUUUGUGAACAUUGAUUUUGUUUAUUCUUUAUUCUUAGUCACACAUUCCACUGGGAGAGACAUUUUUCUUUCCAUCAAAUUGUGUUGUCAUUUUGUUUUUCUAUUUGUCCUUAAGAACUUAACAACCUAUGGCAUCAUUGAGUAGCAUUUUUCUGAAGCAUUCUUCUUAUAGUGUGCCUGUAUUCAACUUUAUAAGACUCAACGUGAUACAGAAACCACUGAUUUUUGUCUGACUGGAGAUUCCUUUCAGCCACGUCCGUGUGAUGCUUCAAAUGGUUUGGAUUCUUUUUAUUAGCUUUUGAAUAGCAUUUGAUAACUGUUCUGUCAGUAAGUUUACAUUUCAUUUUUUGGGUUUUAUUAGACAACCACGUCUCCAUGUACAUAAUGUACAUGUAAAGCCUCUAGGAAAAGUCAAGUCAAUCUUUGAAAUAUUAAAUUCAUUUAAAACA